AGUUGACAUUAAUCAUGGAUAAUUCUGGAAACAAGUCUGGACAUUUUCAAUGGACACUCUUGGAUCCUGAGAGUAACACAGAAGAACCAAUGAAACUAGCUGUGACAUUACAUCGGAUUCUACUUCCAGUAAUUGUUCUUUUUGGGCUUAUUGGUAACAUUAUUUCUGCACUCGUCUUCACCACCACCAAGCUGAAGAAGAUGUCUUCCUCUCUCUAUUUGACAGUCCUUGCUAUUUCUGACUCAGGGUUUCUCGUAUGUGUCUUCAUGCUGUGGAUUGACACUUUGAAUGUCGCUGUUUUUGAUCGUCCAUUUGUGUGCCAAUCACUCGUGUAUUUCACUUUCGUUUUCAGUUUCCUGUCAGUUUGGAUUGUAAAUAUACUAACACUCGAAAUGUACAUUCUGACAUUCUAUCUUUCAACUAGAACUCUACGCUUACUCAACCGAAACCUUGCAAAGGUUGUCAUAUUCUUUUUAACAGUGUUUGCUAUGGUGCUGUAUGUACAUAAUUUAUGGACAGUGGAAGUGUAUGAAAUCGAACAUGGAAAAUCAAUCUGCAUAGAAAACAGUGCCCACUUUGUCCUGAUUAUAUCAUUUAUUGAUUCUCUGUUGACGUCAAUUGUACCUAUGGUAAUGAUGUUUGUAAUGACGUCACGAAUACUUUUGGCAACCAUAAAAGAUAACAAGAAAGAAACUAUCGUACAAUUACAAUUCGCUAAAGAGGCAAAUCCAACUGCAAGGAAAGAAAUUGUGUACAAGAAGAUCGAUGAUAAAUGCUUAAAUCAAAAUAACCAAAGAUAUGAGAAGACCCUAUCUGGGAGUCCCAACUCGCGGAACGUUCUCAGAACGAGGUCAAGAAAUCAGGCACUUUGUGCGUACAGAAAACUCAGGAACAUGCUUAUUACAAUCUUCAUUGUUUUCUUUUUUCUAAAUUUGCCCCAGCAUGUAAACAAACUUCAGUCUCAAGUAAGGUCUCUUGUACAGAAAGGGUAUGUAGUUACGCAAAAUGAAAUGGCUGUGACCCAUUUACUGGAUUUGCUCUUCUACCUCAAUUUUUCUAUAAAUUUCCUCAUCUACUGUGGAUUCACGAAGCAAUUUAGAAACCAUAUAUUUGCUAUUCCAAUUCACUCAAUUUGUGCUCUGAAAAAUUUCAAGAAAAAUUGGAAAACUAAUGUAUCACGAAAAAAUUUGUUGCAAAACACACUACAGGCAUAG